CCCCACCAAAAAUACAGGGGAUAUGGUGGGCCAAUCAACGCGUGCCGCCGAAGAUGGCCAUUUAGAGAUUUUCAUUUCUCAUUUUUACUUUCUUUCUACUUUUGUUUCUUUCCAUUUCGACUCUUCAAUGAUCAAUGGCACCCAGGUUUGGUAAUUGCUUCAAAACCCACAUACCAGAAACCACCACCAACCACAUUACUCUGUUUUUUUUGUGUUGAUUGAAGGAUUUCUAGCCUGUCAUUCUGUUGAUCCGUUUGGAUUUUGCAGAUUAGGUUUUCUGGGUUUUGAUUUGGGGAAUGGUGGGGAUUUGAGGGCAUUCCGUUGAUUGUGGAUGGAGAAUUGGAGGAGAAGGAAAUGGGGUUUGUUGUUGCAUUUAGGAUCUGUGAUUAAUGAUUGUGUUUUGAUUUGGGGUAAAGGGGAAAUAUGUUGGAUUUUCCUGGAACUCCAGGGACAUUAACUGGGUUUGUGUUGAGGAUUUUGCAAUGUGUUUUUGCUGCUGGGUCUAUUGCUUCCAUGGCUACUUCUGUUGGCUUCUAUAACUUCACAGCUUUUUGCUAUGUGAUCGCAUCAAUGGGUUUGCAAGUGACUUGGAGUUUUAUGCUAGCAUUGUUAGAUGCAUAUGCAUUGGUAAGAAAGAAGAUGCUUCACAAUCCUAUUCUGGUCAGCCUCUUUGUCGUUGGGGAUUGGGUGACAGCAACAUUGUCUCUCGCUGCAGCUUCUGCCUCCGGUGGGGUAGCGGUAUUGUUCUUCAGCGACUUAGGACACUGCAAUUUUGGGGACGAAUGCCGAAAAUUCCAAAUCUCUGUUGUUUUGGCCUUUCUAAGCUGGAUAACCAUAGCCGUUUCAGCUCUGAUUAUGCUCUGGAUAUUGGUUGCAGUUUGAACACAUAUUCAUACCGCGAAAACUUCACGUAAUUUUCUUACAUCUUUCUAGUCUUCGUUCAUUUUUUUGACAAAGAAAGGGAAUCAAGAUAUAUGGUAGAAUGAUGCCAAGGAGCAGUUUGUUGAAAAAGAAUUGGUUUUUUCCCCUUCAAUCUGAUGGAACUUUAGAGAGAUGCCAGUAUAAAUGCAGGGGUUUGGCCUUGUGCAGAUUCUUGAUAGAAUCUCUCUUCCUUUUGGGCAAUUUGGUCCUCGUUAUUCGUAUUCAUAUAUGUUAAUUAUCGUUAAGCUAUAUUCACGUUUUUGUUGAGCAUUUGAUUGAUUAUUUUCUCCACUCACAUCAAUCCGAAUUGCCAAGUGGCAAUUUCUGAGUGGAUGCAUAUUCUAUCUACUUUGAGAAUAAGAGGUCUUUGUUUUUCACAGCAGCUCGAUUCCAA